AUGACAAAGGUACCAGUAUCUAUAGUUACAGGAUUUUUGGGAUCUGGUAAAACAACUUUACUGCGUCAUAUUGUAAAAACAUUAACUACUAAGAAAAUAGCUAUAAUACAAAAUGAGUUCUCAGAUGAGAUGGGUAUUGAGUCCCCAACAAUAGUGGAUUCUGAAGGCCAACUAUUUAAGGAGUUUUAUGAAUUACCAAAUGGCUGUGUCUGCUGUUCUGUACGUGGUGAGUUAAUAAGAGCAGUUGAUCACUUACUUUCUGUAAAAAGAUUUGAUAAGAUACUAGUUGAAACAACUGGAGUUGCAGAUCCUGAGCCUUUAGUCGAAAUGUUUUGGACUGAUGAAGAAUUGGGAAGUAAGGUAAUGUUAGAUGGUAUUAUAACAGUAGUUGAUACAUUAAAUAUACAGUCUUAUCUUAAUUUAACCAAUAAAGAUAUCCAAGAUAUUAUAGAAUUAAGUAUUGAGACAAAUAACAAAUUAAUUACUGAAAAAACUCGGAUAUUAUCUAAUCUUUUAAUGCAUCAGUAUGAUGAUAUAAAUAUAACUGAAAAUAAAUAUCCUAAACUAGUAAUUGAAACAAUAAAGCAAAUUAUAGCUGCUAACAAAAUAAUAUUGAAUAAAAUUGAUUUAUUAGAUAUUAAUGAAAACAAUAGUGAUAGUGAUCUUUCUACGAUAGAAAAGAUUAUUCAUUUUAUAAAUCCAACUGCUGAGAUAUCAAAGGCAAUUAAAUCUAGUGUACCAAUAGAUUGGAUUUUUGAUAUAAAUGGUUUUAAUAUAAAUUCAAUAUCAUCAGAAUUUGAUAGAUUCCAGAUUAUAAACGAAAUUAUGCCUAUAAGCUCAAUAAAUCCAGUAAAUUAUAUUUCUAAUGAGAUGUUCACAUUUCAGCACUAUAUAUUUAGCCCAGAAGCUAUAGAAAAAUUUAUAGCUCUUGUUGUUUGGGAUUCUGAAAAAUUUAAUAAUAAAUUAGGAACUUUAGUUCGUUAUAAGGGUAUUUUUAAAGGUUAUAAAGAUGAAGAUAAACAAGAGAUAAUAGAUUAUGCUUUGCAAGGAGUUGGAAAGGUAUUUGAAGUAGUACCACUAAAUUCUGAGACUUUAGAGAUGUCAAAAUUUUUGUUCAUAGGGUUUAAUCUAAAAAAGCAGGCUAUUCAUGCUUCACUUGUCUCAUGCAUAGCUUAG